AUGAGGUUCCGCAGCCAAUUAACGAAUAUCGGCACAUUUACGAAGUUCACUGCGUCACUGUCGUCUCUGGGAAAAUUAUGUUGGGUACAACUUGAAAAGGAACUGGUACGAUUUACUGUCAUUCCAGACCAAGGCUCCCAAGUAUGGGCACACCUUCCAAUUGACGCGAUCUUUGAUUUCUACUCGAUGUCGGCUGCUGCUAAUGUUAUCAAUCUGGAAGUUCCAAUUGCGGCCCUCCAUAGAGCCCUCAAAUCGGCGGGAGACGCGAGCUCAUCUAGCUUACGCUUGACUAAAAAAGGAGCACAACCUCUGCUAUCCCUAACAGUCGUGACUUCUUCCUGGAUAUCCGACAAAAAUGCCUUAGGCGUUUCUGCGGACCAGUCGUCAGACCCCACCAGGCAGGAAGGGAUCCAAAUCGAAUCUCGCGAGAGGGAAACACUUGUUACUCAAGAAGUCCCAGUGCGCAUACUACACCCAACGGUCGUGGAAACGCUUCAUGAGCCGCGUUGCCGCGACCCAGACGUUAACAUUGUGCUACCUAGUUUAAUUCAACUCAAAAGCAUCUCGGAACGAUUCAAUAAACUAGCUAUGGAUACGAUGCGAACUAGUACCACUGGUUUAGUUGGCGGUGUUAGCUCUAACCCGAAGCUCGAACUCAGUGCAAACAAGCAUGGUUCCCUGAAAUUAGGCAUUGCGACUGAUUCUCUAAGGGUUUCUAGCUUGUGGACAGGAUUGGCGAAUCCCGAAAUAGACACCACGCUCCAUGGCCAAGAGAUAGAGGCCCCUAGCGAGCGUAUGAGGGCGCUUGGAGGAGAGAAUGGGCAGAAUGAGGAGGGCUGGGCUAGUGUAAGAAUUGACGGCAAAGACUGGGGUCGGGUGUUGAGUGUUGGACGAUUGAGCCCGAAGGUCGUUGCGUGUGAGUUCUAUGCUGGAAACCAACGAUGCAUAGCUGAUUUUCAGUUGUAG